AUGACAUCAUACCCAGACCAGCGAACUCCGGAGGAGUGGCGCGCCGUCUUGAGUCCAGAACAAUUCCGCAUCCUCCGCGAAAAAGGCACCGAGCGCCCCUCCACCGGCAUCUACGACCAGCACGCGCCCAGCAGCGGAACCUACGGGUGCGCGGGGUGUGGGGCUGCGCUGUACGAGGCGCGGCACAAGUUCGCGUCUGGGUGCGGGUGGCCGGCCUACUUCGACAGCGUGCCGGGCGCGGUGGUGCGACACGAGGACCGCUCGCUGGGCAUGGUGCGCACCGAGAUCGUGUGCGCCAACUGCGGGGGCCACCUCGGGCAUGUCUUCAAGGGCGAGGGGGAGGAGGGGGAGGAGGGUGGUGGUGCUGGUAAGGAGGCGGGGGCGGAGGGGAAGGGGGAAAGUAAAGUGUAG